GGGACAACAGCCGCCAGGACGGCCAGGACGUCUUCAAAGGCUUCCCCUCAAGUCUGGAGAGUUUCUAACCUUUGGUGUUUUGUUAAUGCUUUGAGGAAUUAAGGAAUAAAAGGGUUAAUCUGAAUAACAUCCUCAAAACAAAGAUUUGUGACGAUGGAGGAAGAAAUGAAUUAUUCUACAGUGGUUUUUAAAAUUAGUGCUCCACCUUCAAAAGAGAAAGAAGAAGAACCGGUGAUUUAUUCUGAGGUCAAAACCAAAGAGUCUGUAGCUGCUGCUCCACAGGAAAAAGAAGGACCACCGAUUUAUUCUGAAGUCAAAACCAAAGAGUCUGUAGCUGCUGCUCCACAGAAAAAAGAAGAACCGCCGAUUUAUUCUGAGGUCAAAACCAAAGAGUCUGUAGCUGCUGCUCCACAGAAAAAAGAAGGACCACCGAUUUAUUCUCAAGCAAAACCCAAAGCAUCAGCUCCUACUGCACCAACAGAAGGCGAAGCAUCCAAACACUCUCACAUCCGUCUGCUGCUGCUGUGUUUGGGGAUCCUCUGCAUCCUCCUUGUGGUGACAGUCAUUGUCGUUGUUGUCUACCUCUUCUUAGUCACUGGGGAGAAGGACAAGCAGGCAGCAAACCUCACAGCAGAAAAUAAGCAGCUGAUCAGAGACUUGGUAAAUAUGACAGAGGAGCUGAUCAGAAACAAGAAUACGACAGAGGAGCUGAUGAGAGACUUGAAGAACACGACAGAGGAGCUGAACAGAAACAAGAAUACGACAGAGGAGCUGAUCAGAGACUUGGUGAAUACGACAGAGGAGCUGAACAGAAACAAGAAUAUGACAAAGGAGCUGAUGAGAGACAGAGAUGAUCUCAACUACACCCUGAGAGCCAUCCUCAAAUACGACUCAUUCCCAGUGUCGGCGUUCUGCUCUGGACUGAUGGUUUCAGGCUGUAAUCCGUGUCAUAGUGGGUGGCUUCUGUUCCAGGAUAAAUGCUACCUGUUUUACAACCAAAGCGCUCCAUGGAAAACUUGGCAGGAGAGCCGAGACAUGUGCCAAAAUAAUUCUUCAGAUCUGGUUAUUAUCGACAGCCCAGGGGAACAGGAAUUCAUCAGGAAUCACACAGAGUACUACUAUGACGAAUAUCACGGAUACUGGAUUGGGCUGAAAGAAAGUAACAACACCUGGUUCUGGGUCGAUGGACGUAAUGUCACUCUGGAGUAA